CAAUUUUUUCAGAUAAGAACCUUUAUGUUUUUCAGAUACUCUCUACAGAAUGAGAGCAAUAUUCACACACUAUUUACCUCCCAAAGUACGAAUGUCAACAUAGGCGGGCGACUUCAUGGAUGUUCAUAACUGUCUUAAUGAAUAGUUUCAUAUUAUCUUUCAGGAAUGAGUGCAGAUGUAUUCAGCGUUAUAAGACAUUCCCGUUUAAAAUGCGUGUAUUUUUUCUUUUAAGAGAAACGCCUACUGCAGCAGGAAAUUGAUCAGUUCUAUCAAAGUACAGUAACACGGUUUAUUGGCAUGGGUUUCGAACCUGAAGAAGUUCACAAGGCUAUGACAGCAAGUUUUAACGAUCCUGAUAUGGCAGUUGAAUAUUUGAUUAAUGGUAUUCCAGAACAUCUUGUCGAGCUUGCUCUCAAAGAUCCCAAGACCACAGGACCAAAUGAUUGUGAGACUUCGUAUGGUGAGUUCUUCCCUUUAGAGCCAACUGUUUUUGAACAAACCGACUAUCGAGCACAGACCAUGCAUGUUGGAGAAUCCUGUCAGAUUUCGUCUGGUGGACUUACAUGUUUAGAACCAGCUGCUUCAGCACAGACCAUGGAUCAAGCACAGUGUGUUGGAGAAUCCCGUGAGAGUAUUUCUGAUGAGCUUACUGAUGUAGGGAUAGAUGAUCCUGGAAAGAUUGAUAAUAAUGGGGAACAGGCUUCCUCUAGCGUACACAACAUAGUCACUAGUCAGUUGGGACAAAGUGGAGAAUUCCCUCAAAACUCAUCUAACGGACAAAACAUGGUUACUUGUGAAAUAUUGUACCAAAGGCAAAAACAAAUAUAAAAUGCUAA